AUGUUUGUUCUAAUUCAAAGAACCCUGAUCGUCACCCCACAACCACCAUUAACGUCGUCGCCCGUCGGUCUGGCGAAUGCAGGCAUCGGAAGUCAUCAGAGCGGGAAACUAAGCCCAAGGAGUUCCCGGUUAAUAAUCGACAUCAAGAGCCUUUCAGCAGGCCAUCCUUGCAACUGUCCAUGGUCUUCAACGGCCAUAAAAGAAGCAGCUGACAGGACGGUGGUUGAAAUAGAGCUCCCAAGACAGCAAGCCAAAGGAGAAAUAUUUAAUUUUGAUUCGUGGAAGUUGAAAUGUUUUGCAACCUCUGAAAGAAGAACAUUUGACAAAAAACGCACUCAAGCAGGUUGCCUGAAUACAACAUUGAAAAUGACUUAUUUCCGAGACGGAUUUAUGAAAUAUGUUGAAAAAAGGGUAUUUUCAUAUUGGGGAUUUGUAGCUUCAGGGCUUGAUCGUCAGUUUUGA